GGAGAUAAAGUUCAAACUUUGCAGCGAGUCGUCCUUUUGGAGGCAGUGUGUGCGUAAUAGCGCGCAUUCAGGCGUUCUAGUGGAGGUAUUUUGCGAAACUAUGUUAAGGAUGAUGUACCUUGGAUGUGUCCUGUUGCUCUCUGGACUCACGCGUGUCAUGGCAACUUAUCCAAUCUGGUGGUCCUUAGCGGUGGGCCAGCAGUACUCGUCGCUGGGCACCCAGCCCAUCCUGUGCGGCUCCAUCCCUGGCCUGGUGCCCAAGCAGCUGCGCUUCUGCCGCAACUACGUGGAGAUCAUGCCCAGCGUGGCGGAGGGCGUGAAGAUCGGCAUCCAGGAGUGCCAGCACCAGUUCAGGGGACGCCGCUGGAACUGCACCACCAUCAACAACAGCCUGGCCAUCUUCGGCCCCGUGCUGGACAAAGCCACGCGGGAGUCGGCGUUCGUCCACGCCAUCGCCUCGGCGGGCGUGGCCUUCGCGGUGACCCGUUCCUGCGCCGAGGGCUCGGCCACCAUCUGCGGCUGCGACGCGCGCCACAAGGGCCCCCCCGGCGAGGGCUGGAAGUGGGGCGGCUGCAGCGAGGACGUGGAGUUCGGCAGCAUGGUGUCCCGGGAGUUCGCUGACGCCCGGGAGAACCGCCCCGACGCACGGUCGGCCAUGAACCGCCAGAACAACGAGGCGGGGAGGACGUCGCUCAACGACAACAUGUUCCUGAAGUGCAAGUGCCACGGGCUGUCGGGCAGCUGCGAGGUGAAGACCUGCUGGUGGUCCCAGCCCGACUUCCGGGUGAUCGGGGACUACAUGAAGGACAAGUACGACAGCGCCUCGGAGAUGGUGGUGGAGAAGCACCAGGAGUUCCGCGGCUGGGUGGAGACGCUGCGGCCCAAGUACAACUACUUCAAGCCGCCCACGGACACCGACCUGGUCUACUACGAGACCUCGCCCAACUUCUGCGACCCCAACCCGGAGACGGGAUCCUUCGGCACGCGCGACCGCUCCUGCAACCUGACGUCGCACGGCAUCGACGGCUGCGACCUGCUGUGCUGCGGGCGGGGCCACAACACACGGACGGAGCAGAGGAAGGAGAAAUGCAACUGCAUCUUCCACUGGUGCUGCUACGUCAGCUGCCAGGAGUGCACCCGGGUGUACGACGUGCACACCUGUAAAUAAUUCGGCGGCACGGGGGCGGCGAUGACUCGUGCAGUUUUUUUUUGGUUUAUUUCUUUCCUUGAACCGAGACGUCGUGAGCUCAGUAGGCGGGAGAAAGGAAGGGUUAGAGGGAGAGCGCCGGGGCCAGGUCGGGAGAGACUUCUCGAAGCCGUCCGACACUGGCUGCGGAUUCGGCCGAUGGCCCCAGAAGAUGGAGGGAUGAACCGGGGGCUUGUUUUUUUUCGUGUGGCGCCGUGGAACUAAACUUUUGAGCCAGUUCCCUGACGUUAUUAACUGAAAUAGUUGAACAAAGGUGAAAACGAAAAAAAAAAAAAAAACGAAUUAUAAGGUUUGCUCCGUUUUUAACUGUGGAAGGUAUGACGUUGAUGGGCCACAGAUAGUUGAUCCGGUAUGAAUGGUUUCGAGGGAUGUGGAGGAAGGGGCCAGGAGGGUAGGUCUGUGUUUCACAGGGCCAGACAAGAGGUACUUUGUCCUGCUGUAGGACAGGGAAAGAGUUGGCCAACUAUGCCCGGACGACAAAGCACCAUAUUGGUGACUUCAUCGUAUAUACUACGCAUAGAUCGUUUGUGUUUUUAUUUAACAGGGCAAUACUGAUUGCUGAUUGCGAAACACUGUGGCUUAUGAUGAAAAUGUCCAUUUUUAUAAUCAUUCAGAACCAAUCUCCCUAACGAGAAAUACUAGCUUCCCGUACACACAAUAGCAUGCAUUCGCCUUAAUAUAUGUAUUUUUUUUUUACCAAUGUUACCCAGCAUUGACAUGGCAUGAAUGAGUAUUUUAUUUAGCUGUAGGUGUACACUGUCGACAUGUUAGCUACGUUUAGGUUAAGAAUGCACUUGCACCUGAGUGAAUGUAGUGGUUACACAAUAGCGUGUUUAUGUAUUCCCAAAUUCUUAAGCUAAUUCAUUAAUAUCUGAUUUAAAGUAGUAUUUCUUCGUAGAAUAAAUGAGCCAUGUUGAUAAAAAUUCUAAAAAUAAUAAUGAUAAAACUGGUCAAAUAGGAACACAAGUAGAUCCUAAAACGUUCUCCCCAUAAUGCAGUUACAGAAAUGAAAUUGUGACAGUAGUUGUGUUUUUUGAACGUUUUUUCUUUUUCUUUUGAUGGUUUGUCAAUCGAACUACGUACAGAGUUAUGACCAAAGAAACGCGAGUCUCCCCAGAGGGUCCGAGAAGCUGUAACUUAAUCUUGACAGGUCAGCACUUGUGUCUUGUUUAGGAAUAUGAAGCGUGUUACCUUGUUCUUAUCAGUAUUAGCAUUGCCUUGUGUGCUUGGUGUGAAAACUAACAAAAAAAGGGGCCUUCUUUCUUUUAAUUCUCUUUUGUUUUUUUAUUUGUCUCAAAUGGAAGUAGACUCUUUGUCAAAAAAAGUCCAACAAACUACUAACUAAGCUGUAUCAUGUAAGCUGUGUCAAAUGCAGUACAGCCAGCCGUUGGUGGACAAUGACCUUCAAAAGCCUGUUCAUGUGGGAUUUCUCUGUUGUGGCUUCUGUUCCUUCAACUAAACCACCAGCAGCAUCACUGAAACUACACUGAUCCUCUUUCUACUUUAAUGCUGCUAAGUUAAGAUUAUGUUUUUUGUGUGAGUGUGUGUGUGUGAGUGUAUGUGCAUUUAGCUCUCUCAGUGCGUCUCGGUCCUAUCUUUUGUGUAUACGUUUGUGUGUAUCGAUUCUUUCCGUGAAAGAAACAAUUUUAGAUGUAGUUUUUGAGAAAAAAAUGAAAUGUGAAGUCUUUACUAAUCCUUGUAUAAAGUAAUGUAAAUUAACCUAUUAGAACAAACUAGAUUUUCUGCAUUAUUUUUGUCGAAAACUGUUUCCUGGUGGUUGUGCGAUCAGCAAAAAAAAAGACACACCAUUAAUAUCACACGAGAAGAUGAACACAAAGGUCCAUGGCAUGUAUUUAUUUAGGAUUUAAAAAUAAAUCACGGCUGAGAUAUAAUGGCUCUCUAUGAAGCAGUUAAAAUGUGUAUCCAGGAUGUGUGUUAAAAGUCUGCACUAGGGAGGAACAGUGCGUUAACAAUGUAAUGUUUACAGGCCGUAGCAAUGUCUGAGGCACCUAUCCUACCCUUCAUCUAAACGCUGCAGUCAUGUCCAUCAUGUCAUUUUAAAAGGCCAUCCACCAUUUUUUUUACAAGACAUCUUCAAUAAAAUACACAGCCAAGAUUUUGCCGUCUUGCAUUUGUCACGCUAAACUGUACGUUGCUUCUCGGUAAUGUUUGAGUUUGUAUGUGUAGACUUUUUUUUGUGGCCUAAUUUUUCUAAGUUGGUAAAAAUCCAAAGUUUUGUACAAACUAGUGAUGAGUUUUGCCGAAUUUCUAAACCUGGAUAUUUUGUUUUUGUAAUUAUUUAUUUCAUCCUAUGUAUAUAUUAGUAAGUAAAAGUCUAUAUAUUUACAGAUUAAAUCAGUUUUGUUUUUGUUUUUUUGAAAAGUGUUGAACAGUGCUGUAGAAUUCUUACCUCAUGUAUGGCUGGUUAUUAUUUUACUGACUGGUUCUCUAAACGCCUGGAGUAGAUGUCCAAAUAUUAACUCUUUCACGAAUAAUAAAA